GUUUUUUGUUCUCGUGUCAAUUUCUUACAGCAUUUCCAUAUCUCAAGUAUUAAACACCACACCCUCUCAUCAUUCACACAUUCAUCACCUUCUUCUCGUUCUCUUCUCUCCACACACACACAUAGCUUCUCAGUCGCAUCUUCCUUUCUCUCUACUCUCUCGAACCUUACUCGCCAAUGGCUGCCACCGCUACCGAUGCCAACCUCGACAAUCUCAAAUCCUCCGUCGCUGGAUUGGAACAAAUCAGUGAGAAUGAGAAAAGCGGAUUCAUCAACCUCGUCUCUCGUUAUCUCAGCGGCGAAGCGCAACAUGUAGAAUGGAGUAAGAUCCAGACGCCAACUGAUGAAGUGGUUGUGCCUUAUGACACUUUAGCGCCAACUCCUGCUGGUUCUGCUGAGAUCAAAAGUCUUUUGGAUAAGCUUGUGGUGUUGAAGCUUAAUGGAGGCUUGGGGACAACUAUGGGUUGCACUGGUCCAAAAUCCGUCAUUGAAGUUCGUGAUGGACUGACAUUUUUAGAUUUGAUUGUCGUCCAAAUAGAGAAUCUCAAUUCCAAAUAUGGGAGCAAUGUUCCUUUGCUUUUGAUGAACUCAUUCAACACUCAUGACGACACCCAAAAGAUUGUUGAAAAAUACCAAAACUCGAAUAUUGAGAUUCAUACUUUUAACCAGAGCCAAUAUCCUCGAUUGGUUGCUGAUGACUUUUUACCAUUGCCUGCAAAAGGGAACACCGGCAAGGAUGGGUGGUAUCCUCCUGGUCAUGGGGAUGUCUUUCCAUCAUUAUCGAACAGUGGAAAACUUGAUGCACUAUUAUCACAGGGUAAAGAGUAUGUGUUUGUUGCCAAUUCAGAUAACUUGGGAGCUAUAGUUGACUUGAAAAUCUUAAACCAUCUGAUUGAGCACAAGAAUGAAUAUUGUAUGGAGGUAACUCCCAAAACAUUAGCCGAUGUUAAGGGUGGCACUUUGAUUUCUUAUGAAGGAAGGGUUCAGCUCCUGGAAAUCGCACAAGUCGCAGAUGAACAUGUUGGUGAAUUCAAGUCAAUAGAGAAGUUCAAAAUUUUCAACACAAAUAAUUUGUGGGUGAACUUGAAAGCAAUCAAAAGACUCGUCGAAGCUGAUGCUCUCAAGAUGGAGAUUAUUCCCAAUCCAAAGGAAGUUGAUGGAGUAAAAGUUCUUCAGCUGGAAACUGCAGCUGGUGCAGCAAUAAGGUUCUUUGACAAGGCUAUUGGGAUUAAUGUUCCUCGAUCCCGAUUCCUUCCGGUGAAGGCAACUUCAGAUUUGCUUCUUGUCCAGUCGGACCUCUACACCUUGGAAGAUGGAUCUGUCAUUCGGAACCCAGCUAGGACUAAUCCAGAAAACCCUGCUAUUGAACUGGGGCCAGAAUUUAAGAAGGUUAGCAACUUCUUGAGCCGCUUCAAGUCAAUUCCUAGUAUCGUUGAGCUUGACAGUGUAAAAGUGGCUGGUGAUGUAUGGUUUGGAGCUGGUGUCGUCCUCAAGGGGAAAGUCAGUAUCAUAGCCAAAUCUGGCGUAAAGCUGGAGAUUCCUGACGGAGCCGUAAUUGCAAACAAGGAAAUUAAUGGCCCAGAGGACCUGUGAGGAAGCUAAUGAGUUUAAAUGCAUAGGACUGUAUACAGUGUAAUGGCAGUCUUGUGUUACUUCAAUAAUAUUUUACCCAAGUUUGGUAGAAAAAGGAAAUAAGAAGGCGCUUUUGGUCGGGAGUCUGUCUCAGUAUGAGGCGUUGCUGGUUGUCUUCUUACCGUUACAUAUGUUUUCAUGCCAUUUUGUGUUACAUAAGUUUUCAUGCUAUUUUGUGUAACAACAAUGUCCAUCUGAUUUUGUCACCUUUUCUGUCUUA